GACCACUUCAGCUGCUGUGUUGAGCUGUAGCCCGCUGACUAUGCUAGCUCUUAAAUCUAUCCUGCUGCUCACCAGCUGUGCACUGCUCUCAGUCUACGCUGCAAAACCACUCUCCUACUGUAAAUGCACAUGCGGCAAAUCCUCUGCUAUCGUGCCUCUCACCGAAGAUGUCCUGGCAACGCCUGCCAAGCCUUGUACUGACUGUACUCGCAUCUUUUGCUUGACCAAAUCAGGCCUUGCUUCGUGCCCGUCUGUGGAUGAUACCGAGUCGGACAUUGUAGUUACGCAAUCUUGCUUCCAGCGAGAGUCGCGCAAAGACGAGGGGAUCGUUAUUGGCUUUAUACUCAUCACGUAAGCUGGCCUUGUGAGAGUCUAAGCUAACGAAAGCGGCGGCCUCUUGGCAUACGCUAUGAUUGUUCGGCCAACUCUAGAGAAGCGUCGUCGAGACCAAGAACAAAGUUACAACAGCAUACCUGUGCGCUAAGCAAGUCUACGGGCUCUGCUUCUUCAUGGCCGCCAGCUGGUCUGGACUUGGCUGAGCGCUCAUUCUGCCAUCCACUGGA